UGGAAGCAGACUUUAUUUUAUCAAGCAAAAUCCACUCAGUCAGCGGACACCCGCAGCGACGCAUUAUGUUUCGGUAAUCAGAAUUUCAACCAAAGCACAAUUUCUUGUUUUUCACCUCUAAGUUGAACUAUCACUGUGUUUGACUCAUUUAAUAUACAAGAAAAAUGGCAUCUAUAGAAGAGAGUUGGAAAGAAGCAACUGAAAACCUAGAUAGCGAAGUUUGCGAUACAUGGUUUACAAAACUACAGGAGGCUUAUUCAGAAGAGAAGCGUACUUAUCAUAAUCUGGAUUCACUUCAAGAGAAGUUAAACUGUUAUUACGAGAUUAAAGACAACUUAAAGAACCCUCAAGCUAUGCUCCUUGCCUUAUUCUUUCAGAACUUUGAAUAUGAUCCCAAAGCUUUAGAUGGUGAAAACAAGAAUUUGGAACAUUUUAAUGCAUUUACAGAUGAAGCUGGAGUUCCUGAAGAUGCGCAAUUUAAAGAAGAAGCUUGCGAGCUACUUAAAGUAGCUGCAACGCAUAGUACUGAUGCACAUAAAAUUGGUGGUGCCUUUGGUGGUGAAGAUGCUCAUUACUUUUUAGAUUUGGAUAUGGCUGUGUUAGGCUCCUCUCCAGAAAAUUAUACGGAAUACAGAGAAAAAAUAAGAGGAGAAUAUUCUUUUCUGAGUGAGCCAAUGUACACAGCAUUGCGUUUAAAGGUUCUGCAGAAUUUUGUCCAGAUUCCAAAUAUUUUUGCCACAAAGGAAUUUCGUGAAAAAUAUGAAGAACAAGCACGACAGAAUAUUCAAGCUGAAGUUGAAUUGUUAUCUUAGGAUAAUUGAUGAAUUUUAAGCAUGGUAAAAUGUAUCUUUAUGCAAUUUUGUUAUUUGAUAUGUUUAUUAUUGAACUGUAAGAAAAAAAUGACGUUCCAAUUGACACAAAAAUUCUUUUACUGUGUCAGUAGCAUUUGAUCUCCAUAUAGAGUAAAGUAGCACAAACGUAUAUUUUGUGAAUUAGUAUUUGAAAUGGUGUAUGUUAAAUAUCAUACACGUAUCUAUUGUAUUAUUAAAUAUAAAGUACACUUAUGUCUUAUAUUUGGUAUUAGCCAAAUUCAAUUAUAAUUUAUUAAAUAAUAAUGAUAGAAACAUAGCUUAAAUCAAAUAAAGUAAUGUAGAGGCUUACUUUUUUAAUGCUAAAUCUAAGACAUGUGUGUAAACCUUAACUUAUUUUGAUUGAUAUUAAUACAUUUAAUUUAUUCAUUGAAUUUACUGAUGUACUUCUAAAUUAUAUUUUUAUUUUAAAAAGAAAAUAGUGAAUUUCAUUUGUUACAAAUAUAAACUUUAAACCUUAUAUUUUCUGUUGCUUCUAAGAAGAGUUACACAUGUAUAACAUUUGUAACUAGUACUAACAAGUUU